CGGACAGCAGCUGCGAGUCUCCGACAGAUCCAGAAGGGAUCCAUCAUCGUGCACGUAAACGACAAUUCAGAGAACAAUCCGUUCCACGACGAAGACGACGACGAGUAGGCGUUUCUUCCGGACCCCCCUACCAUCCGCAACGCGACGCCGGGAACGUUACCCCCGAGACAGGUGGCACACCACCGUGCGCUGCUCCUAGACCGCCUGCUUAACGAGAGAGUGCAACUGCAGUUGGCGAUCGACUUGUGCACGGCACACGGGAACGCGGAGAACGCGCUCGUACCGACUCGCGGCACUUUCGGGACAGAUCUCCGCAAAGAGAGAGAGAGAGAGAAAGAGGAGAGAUGAGAAUCAUAAUUCUAGUCGUAUUCGUCGCGGCCGUUCUGGCGAGCGUCACGGCGCAGGAUUUCAGGCACUUCUUCGCGGGAUUUGGUCCUUACAGUGUGCAGACCUCAAUAAUGAGGGAUCCAAGAUCGAACAGAGGCCCGGUAUUGUUCCCACCUGGACCGCCACCCAACACGGCUGACACCAGCGGCGUCAUCGUGGGCGCGAGCGGAUACGGAUUCGUGCCCCCCAGCGCAGGUUACAUCACCUAUUUCUACUUUUAAAUAUCAACGCCCAAACGAUAGCAAGAAAAUGACAACUUGAAGAGAAUGGGGGUCAAGAUUUCACACGUCAUGGCUCGCAGGCUCCAACCGGAAAUUGUGGUAUAGAAUUAUAAAUUAGCGUUACCUGGUGGUGCGUGGCCAUUCAAAGAGGAACGAGCUAUUAUACGUUUAAUGAAUAGUUUUCGUAAGCGAUAGUUUCCAUCCACGUGAUUGGAGGCGUGGGAAUUUACUUUCCGCGAACUUUGUCGGAUUACGCAAGGUUCGCAGAGGACAAAACCUGCUAUUUAGUGCAAUACGGACAGAUAACAACCCAGGUGAGUCGUGAUACGCGAUAACAUGAAUUGUCCGCGAAGCAAAUUUAGUUCCCUAAAAUAUAACAUAGCAAAGUAUGUACUAAAGCGUAACGUACGAAAUGUUAAUGCUCGCGAUAAGCGAAAGUUCAACAGCGCAUGAACACGAAGCGAGAGAAACCCGCGCGUCUCUUUAUCUCUCCACUUACACGAAACACGAAGAAGUGCUUCUAGAAGAAACCUACGUUAGAGUAUGUUAUGUUAGGGUAGGUCCGAUAUCAGCGGGACUAAUGAUGGCGGCCGAAAUGGCCAUAUUAGAACUCGAUGCUACGCCGUUUAGUCCCGCUUAUCGCCUAAUGCAGCGAUAAUCUCAUGCAACGGCAGCAACAACGUUCGUUAUCCGCGUGAUGGUGCCUGCAGAAAGUACGCGGUCAUGUUUUACGGUGCAUUAAUACGGGUACGCGUUCGCGCGACCGCUAACUCCAAUCUUACUAACGUAAGGCGCGUGUAAUUAGCCGCGCGACGAUGGAAAGCACAUCGUGCAUACAUACACGACACGGAGUGCGAUCCCGCGGAGCGAACAAAGCGAAAUAGCUGAAUAGCGAAUCCGCUUCGCGUUACGGCCCCGAGAUAUCCGCUUGUGAAACGAGAGCAGGCGAGACUCGCCGCUCCGCUGCAGGCUCGUAAAACAAUUAUUAAAACCGCGGCGGGGGUACGUGCAGUCUCGCCGACUGUUAGGUUAUUUAUUGCGGGCGCAAUGGCGAUUUGAUUGGGUGCAGACGGUUUUCGGGGGAGGAGGGGAGGCGCGAACAGCCGCCGUUCCAUUAUUCCGACCAAACUCCGAUUCGAACGUGUUUGAAAACGCGCCACCGCUCGGCGCCGCCGUAACUCGCCCGCGCAGAUUUAAUAAGCGUAAUAAUAUCGUAACGCAUUGCACUUACGUGCACGCGAUACGUAAAUUAACCGCGAAAGAGGGAGGGGGAGGCGGGGGGAGGAAGGAUAGCGUGGACAGGCCGCGAGUAAAUGUAGGGGACGCAUUUUUCUCGAGGGAUUUUGCCGUCACUUUCGCGCAUUUCUAUGUGAUCCGGUCAUGGUUCCUUAAACGCGAGAUACAUUCUGCGGUGUAAAAAUCGGUGCGCGUUUAUCAGUCGGCUCCUCGGGCAUUACAAUCUGUUCCGCACGUGGUGGUCGUUUUAAUAGCGCGCGCACAGAGUGGCGAAAAAUAUGCAAAUUCACGUGGCUUCGUUGAUCCAUAGCCGCAGAAACCCUCGAGAAAAUCUGAGAAACGUCCGCAUUCCGGAUGCGAUUGCUCGCAUUUACGCAAUUUUCCGGUAUGAUCGAUUUUGGAUGAUUUUGUAAGAUGCUGCAAGGAACUUGUGUAAAUAUUAUAUGUACUCUACCAAAAUAAAAUAUGUAGAAUUA